ACAACCACAGGUUGGAUUUAAAAAAUAUAGAUGAUGAACCUCCUAAACCCUAAACUAGUCCGGGAACGGUGUUAGUAAGUGUGGGGGAUUGGGAAUGCUUUUAAAGUACUAAACCCUAAACUGAAACUAACUUUUGAUUCCCAAAACCUCCAACACAAACUCUUUGAACCAAUUAUCUAUAGUCUGAACUCUGAACUACACUGGAAGCAAAGCAUAGCUGUUAACCCAGCUGAGGAAGCAAACAGGAAAGGAACAAUGAAGAUUUUGAGUAGGAAACUGCUGCACCAAUUAUCCUUCAAACAAGCUAUCCGUCGCUGUACAUAUUCUACUGGGAAAGUCUCAGAUUUUGGACAACCUACUUCAGCAUCUCAUCCUCAGUCUGCAAAUAAUACAAGGCUUUGGUGGGUAAAAUGGCAAUUUCAUGCUGUCAGCUUCUUGGACAAAGAGAAGAAGGUUUUAAGAAUGCAUUAAGUUUAGUUUGGUACUUGUUCUAAGGCAUUUUACUUCAUGUUUACCUCUCAGUUAAUGAAGGAAGGGGAGAUUACACCUGGUAUAGCUACCAAAGAAUACAUCUCUAGACGGAAAAGAUUGUUGGAACUUCUUCCUGAAAAUAGCUUGGCCAUCAUUGCUGCUGCCCCUGUAAAGAUGAUGACUGAUGUUGUGCCUUAUACAUUUCGACAAGAUGCUGAUUACUUGUAUCUUACUGGUUGCCAACAACCUGGUGGGGUGGCAGUAUUUGGUCAUGAGUGUGGUUUAUGCAUGUUCAUGCCAGAACCAAAACCUCAUGAUGUUGUUUGGCAAGGACUAAUAGCAGGAGUUGAUGCAGCACUAGAGAUGUUCAAAGCUGAAGAAGCUUAUCCAGUGAGCAAAUUAGAUAAGAUCCUUCCAAAUAUGAUAAAAAGAUCUUCCAAAUUGUUCCACAACAAGCUGACGGCUACACCGACCUACACAGAUUUGGAAACCUUUCAAAAUGCAGCUCAUGUUGGGAAAGUGAGUGACCUUUCUAUUUUCACCCAUGAGCUACGAUGGGUAAAGUCUCCUUCUGAACUUAAGUUAAUGAAAGAAUCUGCAGCAAUUGCUUGUCAGGCGCUUUUGCAGACAAUGUUGCAUUCCAAAACAUAUCCUCAUGAGGGCAUGCUAUCAGCUAAGGUUGAAUAUGAAUGCAGAAUGAGAGGUGCUCAGAGAAUGGCAUUUAACCCUGUGGUUGGUGGUGGGCCUAAUGCUAGUGUUAUACAUUAUUCUCGAAAUGAUCAGAAAAUCAAAGAUGGGGAUCUUGUUUUGAUGGACGUUGGAUGUGAGCUGCAUGGUUAUUGCAGUGAUCUUACUCGUACAUGGUCGCCCUGUGGAAGCUUUUCUUCUAUACAAGGGGAGCUUUAUGAUCUCAUACUACAAACAAACAAGGAAUGUAUAAGGCUUUGCAGACCUGGUGCUAGCAUCCGUCAAAUACACAACUAUUCGGUUGAAUUGCUAUGCAAAGGACUGAAGGAAAUUGGGAUUCUGAAAAGGGAUGCAUUUAGAUUGUAUCACCAAUUGAACCCAACUUCUAUAGGUCACUAUCUAGGAAUGGAUGUCCAUGAUUGUUCCAUGAUCAGCUAUGACCGUCCUUUGAAGCCAGGAGUAGUUAUAACCAUUGAGCCUGGAAUCUAUGUCCCAUCUAGUUUUGAUGGUCCGGAGAGGUACCAAGGCACAGGCAUAAGGAUUGAGGAUGAAGUUUUGAUUACAGAGACCGGUUGUGAGGUCCUCACUGGAUCAAUGCCGAAAGAGAUCAAACACAUUGAAUCCUUGCUAAACAAUUACAGUUAUACGAAGGGUAUGGAGGCCGCAACAGUAUAAAAGCUGCAAUCAGUUGAUGCGUCCUUGAAAAUUGUUGGGCACAGAUCACCACCUGUCAGAAAAGGAGAUUUCUAAGCCUGUGUCUAUUUUGAACCCGAGACACGAUAUCCUUUUGCAUAUUAUUCCAGUUUUCCUGCAGAACUGGCCGGUCAUGCGUGCAUCUAUUUAUACCCAAACUCGUCAAUGAGAGUGCUCCAUGUUCUCCAUUUUGUGCUCAAUAUUUCCAGUAAACAAGGGCUAUCAGCCAAUUCUUUUCACCUUUGAUCUGCAAUUUUGUCAACAUCUACUAAUUGUUUUAUAUCGACAGUCCAUGAAAUUACCUGUAUUCAUGGGAAAUAGAUCCCUCUUUUGAAUAAUACUAGCUUUCAAAGGUUAAGCUCUCCAUUUACUUAGCAUAGUUCAGGCUCUGGGUGAGGAAAAUGGUGACACUACUACAAAGUUGUCUUACUGUGAUCAUCAAUGACCUGCUUGUACAAAGCUAAGACACAACUUUCCCAGUGGCAGAGCAAAAUAUUAGGGAUUGCUGCUUCCACCAUUUGAGUAAAUUCUUUGUAUGAUAAUGUUUUUCACCUGACGCUGUAAUUUAGGAUGGUGAAAUGAUGAUAGAAGGACGUACAGGCUGAUCAUGUCAUUUUCAAUUUUCUUUGUUUUAAUAUCAGCAAACGAAGUGGUUAAAAUGUGUA